UGUAUGUAGGUAGUUUAAGAUAACUAGUUGUCAGUUAAAAAGUGUAAGACCCGAAAUGUAACGCCAGUCUAAAAUAAACCGUGCACACAAUAGACGUGUUUCCUUUCUCUCGUAUACUUCAGUGGCGAACGAGGAUUUUAAAUAUUAACAAUUAUUAUCGGUGUAGUUGCAAGAUUUUGUUCUGUCGGAAUGGCGUCAAUCGGCAAAAUCGGCGAAUUUAAAGUCGACGGUGGUAAUUGGACUUUGUACGUGGAGCGGUUAGAGAUGUAUUUAGAGGUCAACAAGGUCGACAAAACCAUGUGGCGGCCAACGUUAAUUGCGGUCAUGGGGGACGAAACCUAUGAGCUCCUGAGUAAUCUAACCAGCCCAGAAAAACCGGCUCAGAAAACAUAUGAAGAAAUAGUGAAAUUAUUGCGUGAACACUUACAACCGAAACCAUCUGUCAUGGCGGAAAGAUAUCGCUUUAGACAAAGGAGGCAAAAAGAUGAAGAAUCCGUUGCGCAGUACGUAUCAGAACUGAAGAAGUUAUCAAGAUUUUGCGAUUUUUCGGCCAGCCUAGAGGACAAUUUACGAGAUCAGUUCGUAUGUGGAUUACGCAGUGACAUUAUUCGACAACGCCUGUUCGCGGAGGACGAUUUAAAAUACCAAGGAGCGGUAAAAUUGGCAUCGGCAUUAGAAGCGGCGGAGAGAGACGCAGCCGUGGUGGAAUUUGGGAAUAAGGCGGCAGGGAUGUCAACGGCGGCCGAGGUGCACGCGAUGAGGUCAUUCUCGCGUGGGCGCGGCGGGAAAGCGGGGUGGCGCGCACCGCCACCGGCAGCGCCGGCGCACGGGGGCCCGUCGGACACGUGGCGCGGAGCGGGGUGGCGCGCGCAACCACCGGGGCCGGCGGCACGCGGAGGCCCGUCGGAUGCGGCGUGCGGCGCAUGUGGCGGACAAGACCAUCGCCACGAAAAUUGCCGUUACAAGGAAUUCAUCUGCAGUAGAUGUCGGCGUCGCGGGCAUUUGCGGCGGGUGUGCCCGGAGCGGGGUAGCCAGGGCGAUUUCAAGCGAGGGAUGCAUCACGUAACGGAAUUCACCGAGGACUCUGCCGGUGAGGACGCCGCGGAUGAGCGGCUGACGCAAGCAGAAGAGGAAUUAUUCCAGCUGAACUUGAACGGAUAUAAACCGGUGAGCCUGUCUUUACUUAUUGAUGGACACAAUAUAGAGAUGGAAGUCGAUACGGGAUCAGCCAUAUCGUGUAUAAGUGAAAUUACAUACCAUAAAUAUUUCAAGAUUAAUCCUAUAGAACCAUGUAAAACCAUACUCAAGUUCUACGAUGGCAGUAAGAUUAAACCGUUAGGUACUAUCAAACCGCAAGUUAAAUAUAAUAAUGUUUGUAAAAGAUUAGAAUUAUUUGUAAUAAAAGGAGGGACGACGUCCCUAUUAGGGCGAUAUUGGCUUAGCGAAUUAAAUAUCUCCAUUCCACCGUUUCAUAAAUAUCAGGUUUCGAAUAACAAUUGUAUUAAAGACAGUAAUAAUAAUAGUUUGUCAUCGUUACUCGAUAGGUAUAAGGAGUUAUUCUCGGAGGGACUGGGUCGGUUCACCGGGUGCAAGGCGACGCUGCGCGUGCGCUCGGGCGCGGCGCCGGUGUUCUGCCGGCCGCGCGCGCUGCCCUACGCGCUGCGGGCGCGCGUGGACGCCGAGCUGGACCAGAUGCUGGCGGCGGGCGUCAUCGAGCCCGUGGACCACUCGGACUGGGCGACGCCUUUAGUACCGGUGAGGAAGGCGGAUGGUGGACUCCGAAUUUGUGCUGAUUACAAAAUAACAUUAAAUCCAGUUUUGUUGGUUGAUAGGUUCCCCUUACCGCGUAUCGAGGACCUCCUGGUUGGUCUCAAAGGGGCGAAAAUGUUUUCCAAAAUUGACCUCUCCCAAGCCUACAAUCAGGUUGAGUUAGAUAGCUCGAAUGAACUCACUGUAAUCAACACACACAGGGGGCUAUUCAAAUACAAUAGGCUAGUUUAUGGCUUAUCUUCAAGCCCGGGAAUUUUUCAGCGCAUUAUGUAUAACCUUCUAGGAGAUAUUCCGAACGUAGAAAUAUUUUUAGAUGACGUAAUAAUUGCGACAGGGGGAGGGGACAGGGAACAUUUGGCUACUCUGAGUAAAGUACUUCAAAGGUUACAUAGUCAUGGAAUGAGGUUAAAAAGAAGUAAAUGCUCAUUCAUGGUAGAUGAGGUUAAAUACUUGGGAUACUUAAUUUCAAAAGAGGGAAUAAAAGUAGAUCCUGAAAAAGUAGAAGCUAUUAAAAAAAUCCCUCGUCCUCGAGAUGUUUCAGAAUUACGAUCCUUUUUAGGUUUAGUUAAUUUUUAUGCGAAGUUCGUUAAAAAUCUUAGCUUUAUUCUAGCACCUCUGUACACACUACUAAAAAAAAAUGUGCCAUGGAGAUGGAACAAAGAACAAGAAAUAUCAUUUUUACAUAUUAAGUCAAUUUUAAGCAGUGCUGAAGUUUUAACUCAUUAUGACCCGGAACAGCCUUUAUAUUUAACAUGCGAUGCAAGCGCCCGCGGCAUAGGCGGCGUGCUGACGCAGCGGUCUGCGAGCUCAGCUGAUGGCGGGGCGGGGGGCGCGGGCGCGGGGCGGGAGCGGCCCGUUAUCUAUGUGUCCCGUGCGCUCACAGACGCAGAGAAAAAUUAUUCGCAAAUAGAUCGCGAGGCGCUUACAUAAGAGACGGCUGGCCUAGUAAUUCCGAGAUUAAAAACUUACAACCAUAUUUUAAUCGCAGAAAUGAGAUUUAUGAGGAAUUAGGUUGUAUAAUGUGGGGUCACAGGGUAGUCAUACCUGAAAAUUGUAGGAGUAAAGUAUUAUUACAAUUACACGAAUCCCACAUGGGAAUAGUAAAAACAAAAGCGACAGCUCGAAGUUACGUCUGGUGGCCGGGGAUCGACGAGGCGGUGGAGGCGAUGUGCCGCGCGUGCCCGGCGUGCGCGGCGGAGGCGGACGCGCCGCCGCGCCACGCGCCCAGCCCCUGGCCCUGGCCCGCCGCUCCGUGGUCGCGGUUGCACGUAGACUUUUUGGGACCUAUUUUUAAUAAAACCUACCUAGUAAUUAUAGAUGCUAAAACCAAAUGGCUAGAAGUGUUCCAGGUACCGAGCACUGCGGCUACGAGUACUAUUCAUAAACUUUCGGAGUUAUUCGCGCGAUGGGGACUUCCCAAGCAGUUAGUUUCGGACAAUGGGCCCCCUUUUACAAGCAAAGAAUUUUCAGAAUUUUUGCGAGGUUGUGGUAUCGCUCAUUUUUUUACUGCCCCCUAUCACCCGGCUUCGAACGGUGCGGCCGAGAAUGCGGUUCGCACGAUUAAAAAAGUUAUUAAGAAGGCGAUAAGACUAAAUCUCGACGUUCACUUAUUUUUGAAUACUUUCUUAUUACACUACCGUAACACGGAACACUGCACCACAGGAGAAAGUCCUGCGGCGCUCAUGUUAGGUAGGCGACUCCGGACCAAAUUAGAUAUCCUAAGACCUAACGUCGAGAACAGAGUCAGUAUAGUGCAGGCGCGUCAGGCAGAGAGUAGGGGACAGCCAGGAGAUAAUCGAGAAUUGCACGCGGGGGAGGAAGUAUGGUAUAGGAACUAUCAAGGUACGACGCGAUGGUUACCAGGGGAGGUAUCGCAGAAAAUAGGAGGUACCGACUAUAAGGUACUAGAUGGGUUAGGGAGAGAGAACCAUAGACAUAUUGAUCAGCUCAAACGUAGGUCAAGGAGUUCACUCAUUUGUCCUAACUCACCCCUGUCAGAUAAACAGGAUGAGAACAGGCUAUCUAUCCCCAGUACCACUAUGAAUGAAGCCGGUCCAGAGGAGACGCGCCCGCCAAGCCAAGAACCAGCGGGAACCACCAGCACCACCCAACCGCCCAGCAACGAGCGCGAGCCGAGCGCCGGCGGCGCCGCGUCCGCGCCCAGCCCGCCUGCGCCCGAGCCGCCCCAGUCCCGACCGAUACGACAGUGUAGGCUCAACCCUCCAAAAUAUAAAUUGUAGUUUUUAUUGUUUGUAUACUUAUCAUUAUUAUUAAGGUAACUUAUG